ACUCUGGAGUAUCAUUAGCUUAUUGGGAAGUUACACAAGAUGUUUUGUCAAGUUGUCCUAUUUAGUUUGAUUGCUGGCGUCUUCGCAGCGCCCCCAGUUGAUGUGGUGCCGUUGGAGAAACAGCAGCCAACGGUAAUUCCAAUCGUGUCGCAGUCAGACGAAUUAGAAGCUAACGGGACUUAUCACUUCAGCUAUGAAACCGGAAACGGAAUCAAACGCGAUGAAAUAGCUUAUGAAAAAGUCAUACCAAAAGCUCGGUCUGCGAAUAGCAAUGAAGGCGGAGAAGACGACAGCGAAAGUGAUGAAAUUCACGUCCAACAGGGCUCUUACUCGUACACAGGUCCGGAUGGAGUGGUAUAUUCUGUAAGGUACAUAGCAGAUGAAAACGGUUUUCAACCAAUAGGCGACCACUUACCGCGAGUCCCAGGGAACACUCAGAGCAGUUCUGCUGAAAAAUCUGGACGGGCACUUAAGAUCGAUAGUUCCGUAUCUGCCUCGUCACCCAAUCAAGUACAAGCGGUAGUGCCUCCACCUGCAAGCCCAGUUGAAUCAAAACCAGCUGAAAGUAUACAAACUGCUGAACCUUCUGUCACAGCUGAUAGUGACGCCAAGUCAUCAGUCAGUGUAGAAUCACGAGUAGAAGAGGCAUCAGUUGCUGCCCCAGUGGCUGCUUCUGAGACAUCAGAAAGUGUACCAGCUAACGCUGAACCAACUUCCACUGAAUCAGUUUCAGUGUCAUCCAGUGAAAGUGUUAGUGACUCUAGCACAACAGAAAAGGUAGAAUCACCUGCAUCCACUGUGGCAGCCGCCGCCACAGAGAUCUCCACUGCCGUACCUGAAGCAGUAUCCACCGCAGUACAUGAAGUUGUAUCCACGGCAGUACCCGAACAAGUCCCUACUGAAGGAAGUGGUGAUGUUUCAAGCACAACUUCUUCUACUGAACAAGUCUCAACCCUUGCAGCCGAACCAGCAGCUGAUGUAGUUAGUCAAGAAGUUUCAUCUGAAGCACAGGCUUCAACAACAGUCUCCGACCAAGCCUCAAGUAAUGCUGAUCCAGCAACAGUAGAGGCAAGUUCUACAACAGUGUCUGCGUAGUCUACUGUAAUCUUCACUAUCACUACUAUAUAAUUUGUAUGAUAUUUGACAUGACGUCAAUUCCUGGGUCAUUUGAAUAAAGGAAUUAUGGUACGGGUAAAUUGUAAAUGAGCAACAAAUAAACAAUUUCUAAAAAAAGUGAUACGAUCUCAAUUUUGAGAUUGACUAAAUAUUAUUUAAGUUUAUUUAUAUUAAAUCUCUAUUUUAAUUACAA